GUUACCUAUUAUUGGUGUAAAAAUAAUAAAUCGUUUUCCACUUAGUAUGGAAAACUAAAUAACAUUUAGUUUGUAUUAUUUGUAGUUACUUUAAGUAUUUAUUAUCAUGCUAGCUUUUGUUCUUGGGCCUCUUGAUAGUGCAGCGGCUUAAACCGCUCUGAACAAUAUUAUCGUUUAUCACGAUAACUUCUGGGAACGUUUAUCGUCCAGCAGCAUUUGUUAUCGUGACAGGCCUGCUGCUGAAGGCGCCCACCGCCUCUGAGCCUCACUGCGGCUGCUGGCGCGCUGACAAUGACUUGAAUGCUGAUGAUCGUGGAGAUCAACAAAGGAGACAAGGAGAGAGGAGAUGAAACGCUUCCUGAUCGCUGAGGAGAAUGGAGAGCCGCUGACAGACUGCAGGGAGCUGUCACACAACCUCACCGCCUCCUCCUCUUCCUCCUCCUCCUCCUCAGCCCACAGACACGCGGCCCUGUCCUCGCUCCAGACCCGGGGACCAGGCGGCGGGUCGGAGCCGAGGAGAUCCGCGCUGAAACGCAGCCGAGGCGGCCAGGAAGGACGAGCGGACCCGGAGGAGGCGGAGGCGGCGGCGGAUCAUCCGGCGGCUCCGGGGGUCGUCGUUCAGCGGCGGCUGCAGCCUCAAGGACGCGGCGUCGGAGGCGCGGAAGGUGUGGAGAUGAUUUCAGCGGCCAGAGAUGCGGACGGGAACAAUAACAGCAGCAGCAUCUCUGAGCCUCCUGCGGGCAAAGUCAAGGAGGAGCGGAAGGGGAAGAACCUGAUCCGGGGCUGGAAGAGGGACCGGGACGCCGCCGCUCCUCCCGCCCGCAUCAGGAAAGAGAAGCCCGGCGACGAUGGCGCGUCUCCUCCGCCUUCCGUCUUCCUGCCGGAGCAUCACCAGGGACCCGGAACCGACUCCCGGAUCCCCGCGGGAGACAGCAGCACCAUCACCGGAGGCUCCGGGAAAACAGCGGCGGACUGUGGAGUAAAGAGCGGCGGAGGAGCUAUUGUUGUCCGGCGGCUUCACGACGAGCCUCCAGCGGCCAAGAAACACAGAGGAGCCGAGAAGAUGGACCCCAUGUUCACAGUCCCAGCCCCCCCGGCUCCAGGCCACCCCGGGGCCCCCGGAUCUUCCCUGCCCUCGGUCCCGUCAUUCUCCUCUCCGGCCCUACCCACUUCCAACCCCAAGCCGCUAACGAUCCGGACGCGGUCCGUCGGCACCAACACGCAGGACGGAGGCGCUCCGGGCCCGGUGGAUGGGGACCCGACCUUCUUGGGGCCCUGUCAGCCCGGAACCAGCGUCAACCUGGAGGGAAUCGUCUGGCAUGAGACGGAAGAAGGUGUGCUGGUGGUGAACGUUACCUGGAGGAAGAGAACCUACGUGGGAACUCUGCUGGACUGCACCAAACACGACUGGGCUCCUCCAAGGUUUUGUGAGUCUCCCUGCAGUGAUCCAGAAUUCCCCGGCGGCCGCGGACGAGGGAAAAGGAUGAGGAUGGCCAUGUCUGAGCGGCCCUGCAUAGAGCCCUCCCAUGCCACUAAAGUCAGAGGUCUUCCACACCACCGGAGUCGAGGUGGUGGCGUAGCAGGAUCGAUCCACAGCAAAGGACGGAGGGGCAGCCUGAACCUCAUCAACAGCAACGGCAGAGCACCUCCUUCCUUCUUCACGGUCGAUGAUGUUAAAGCCACCAACGUAACCUCCUCUAUCCCUGCCGGGAAGCGAAAGAACAAACCACCAGCCGACUUGGACCUUAGUCUCGUUUCCUCGGACGACAUUAAAAACGGGAAUGGGAAGAGGAUCCGAGCGAAAUCCCGGAGUGCCCCUUCGACGCCUUUGGGCAAAUCAGACCCAUCUUUCAUGGAUCCAGGAGGAGGCUGUGCUUCCUCUCCUCCCCCGCCCAUUCUCAUCGACUGCCCUCAUCCAAACUGCACUAAACGCUACAAGCACAUCAACGGCCUGCGCUACCACCAGACACAUGCACACCUGGAGGCGGAGGAGCAGAGGAAGCCUGAGCUGGGUCCCUCAAAGGACGGAGACAGUGAGGAUCGACUAUCAGACUGUGAGGACAGCAUCAGCAACUUGACGUAUGAGCCCCCAGAGAACAGCACAAACACUCACAGCUCCUCCAAGAAACCCACUCCUCUGUACAAGGUGACUACGGUGGGGUCACCUAAGAACAGACGGUUACUCCUCAGCACGGACCACAGUCCUUCCGCCAACUCCAAAACCAGAAGAACCUCACUCCUGAAAGACGGUCUGAUUGAUGACCUCAGCAAUCUGCCUAUCAUUUCCAACAUGACUGUGGUUUUAGAGAACUGCAUGAUCCCAGACAGAAGCACGUCUGUAGAGAUGCCGAAACUAGAAGCAGAAGGACUGAUUGAUAAAAAGGGAGGAGCGUCUGAUAAAGGUAAGAAAGCCAAUGGGAAGGUGGAAAAACUGUCCAAGUCCAGGACUAACCGUCCAAUCGCUCCAGCUCCUGCUCCACCGAAGCUGAUUGCCAUACCCAACACGACAUAUCCGACCAACACAGCUGAUGUUGCUCCCCCACAACAGUCGUCCCCAGUGGCUGCCAUUGGCCUCACUAGUAAAAACCUUUCCUUAAAACCCAUUAAACCAAAGCUUAGCAUUGUAGUGGAGCCCAACCUCGUCAAAGCCACAAUGGUCACUUGCAAAGAGACCAGGAAAAAGGAAAAACGGAAGAUAAAGGACAAACAUAACAAAGAACCAGCAAACAGAACUCCCAAUGGUGAUAGUACUGUGAUCAAAGUGGAAGAGGUUGGAAUUGGACCUAAAGGUGGCGUUAAGGAAAUAUCCGGAAGCCUUCUGAAGGAACACCUUAGCAAACAGGAUGUAAUGAACGGACUCUCAGAGAGCCAAGAGAGCAGGAUGGCCAGCAUCCGUGCAGAGGCUGAUAAAGUCUACACUUUCACAGACAAUGCCCCCAGUCCGUCUAUUGGUGGUUCAUCGAGACUCGAUUCGAGUCUAGCAGCAGACGGAGGCAGUAAGAACGACAGCCCUGCCUACUCCGAUAUCUCAGACGCCGGGGAUGAUGGAGGGUCUUCUGAGUGUCGCUCAGAUGGACUCAGGUCCAAGUCCAGCUCCUCGUCUUCCUCCGAGGUGAGCUCCAAUAGCAACUAUGCUAACUCUAGUAAAACCCCUCCCACAGCUUUGAAGGAGCCCCAGUCCCCAUACUUUCAUGGCUACGAUCCCUACUACCUGCAAGGGUACAUGCAGCCGGACAGGCAGAGCAGCGGGGCUGUUGCUUUCCAUAAAAACUCUCCUCACGACAGCAAAGGGAAAGACAGGAAAGAGGACAUUAAAGACGACGACAAAAAUUCCUCCCAUGAGUUCUCAGAUCCUAAGAAAGGUGACGGGCCUCCUCAGUCUCAGCUCCAGCUGGCAAUGAGUCAGACCCAGACGGCCUUGGCCCAGUCCCUUUACUAUGGUCAGUACUCCAGAGGACUGUACAUGGACCAGAAACUUCUACUGGCUUCCAAAUGCUGUGACCAGACCCUCACUGCCAAGCAAAGGGUACAAGGGUUGAGGGACACUGACGAUGUUAAACAUAUGGUUGGGGUUUCAGCCAGUGGGGCCUUGCUAGGUAAAGGCCCGGAUGGUGCUAAAGGUUGCUGUUCCAAACCGGUGCUUUCCUAUGUGGAGAUGAGUGAAAGGGGAGAAAGGGGGCAGAGUCUGGGCGUAAAGGUGGUGCACAGUGGCAUAGUGGACCAGCACCAGGUCUCAAUGAAAGACUGUGAUGACAUCAAGUCACCCUCCUCUUCCUCCUCUUCUUCAUCCCUCCACAAUCCAAACAGUCAGACAGAUCUGGACUCAAAUGUUUCGUUUUCCAGUUCCCCAGACGGCCCUGCCUGGGCGCACCGCCUCGCGCUCAGCAAAUAUUCAGAGCUUCAGAGUCAGCACGGGGAGAAUGUCGAGGAGGGGGAAGUGGGCAGUGGGAAGGAGUGGGGCACUACCGUGGAGCCUGCUGGGGCCAAGAUGACCUCAGGUGGCGUAAAUGCUAAAAAACCCAGAGCUCACGGGCUCCAAGACUUCCUGCCCGUCACUGACACGGAGGAUUCAGACCGACAGGAGGGGCUGGAGGACCAGGACCAGGAACCCACUGGAGGGCUGUCAGAGGAGUCUCACAAUGCCAGGGCGGCAGUGUCUCCUCCCAUGACCCCCCAGCAGCCCUACAUCCAGUACCAGCACGCCUCCUACUCUCCCUACCUGGCGAUGUGUGAGGGCAGCGGGGGCUCGUACAGGGGGGUGUCCCCAACGCUGGUCCACAACUACCCAGGUUUCCACUAUCCUCUGUAUGGAAAGACGGCUGGCAGAGAGGAGUCGGAGGUGACUCCGCCUGGCAGAGGAGAACCGGCCAGCGGCAAGCUGAUCGGUGACUCUUCGUCCUCCUCCUCCUCCUCCUCCUCCUCCGUGGAGCUGCUGCAGCAGCCCAGCCAUCACUUCCAUGGAAAAUCCCCUGCUCCUGGUGAGAAGGGUUCGCCUGAGGAAGACAGAGACAUCGAACGGGAGAGGAACCACUUGUCGUUUGCUCGACACCUCCACACACACCAUCACACACACCUGGGUAUGAGCUACAACCUGAUGUCCGGGCAGUUUGAUAUCUACCAAGGUCUGAGCUCCAGGUCGCUGGUCUCCAGCCAGCAGGUGUCGGGUCAUUCCUCAGCAGACAGCGAAGGGAAGAAGUAGAACCAUGUGACCGCGUCUCGCAUGAGGGAUGGCAGUUUUAUCAGACAUCAAUUCCUUGGUGUGGAAUAAGCUUCGCCUCGCUGAGAGGCAGGGAACAAACAAACAGAGAAACCUCUUUCAUUUCGUACUGAUGACAUCCACCGGUUUUAUAACAGAGGAGCAGAUGAAGCGGCGGGGGACAGAUCGCAGGAAUGAGACUUUCUUUUUUUUUCCUUUUUUUUAAAAAGCGGGGCUUCUUGUAAAAAGCGAGAUGUCAUUGAAUUGAAAUGUUGUGUAUAAGAUGACAUCCUAGAGCCCCGUGCACUCAGCUUUACCUCUGCUGUUGUGUUUAACUUUAUAAAAUGCACAUUUAUUGUAGUGUAAUAUAAUGACGAUAUGACUGAAUGUAAAGGUAAUAACUCAAACUCACUGUUCUUUUUUUUAAAGCCCCGUUGGGACAAAAACAGCAUUAGGAAGCUAAAAGUGUAUAAUUAUUGUUCUCAUUCUGAUUAUUGAAGUGGUCCUCCCUCCUUCAUAGUGCUGACGCUACAUUUGUAUAACUAACCUGUACUUGAGUGUAACCAUGUUGAUUGUAUUGUCUUUAUGUGGGAGUAAAACCUUCACUUCGACCUACCCAGUGCCAUUUACCAACCCCAGUGGUGUAAAUAUAUUCUGUACAGAUUUAUGGCAGAGCACCAACAUGCUCACUCUGUUGAUCACCAUGCGGGGGGCAAAGCAGGCGCGCCCAACAGGAAGUAAAACCACUCACCUGUUUAUUUCCCUCAUCAGCUCAGUUUCUGUUACACAUUUUAUCAAAAACUUUUGUUUCAAGCAAAACCUCAUGUUUAUACACACUUUUUCACAAUUAAGUUCAGGUGAAAAAGCAUUUAAUCUGAAAGAAAAAUACAUUUUGUACUGAAUUAUCAAAACAUCAGAUAUCAAAUUUAAGUUGUUUUU